GUAAUUACGCAAUUCCUUGCCAUCAACGCCUUCGGAAAAUACGAGGUAAUUAAUAAUGUCGAUGUAGCUAACAUCGGGCCAUAGUUUCAUGUCAUCUACCCAGUCUGUGAGAAGUGACGGGUGAGGCACUGCUACUGAACUGUCCUCGCCGCUUUUUAAAACAUCUCUACUGUGUAUCCACCCCCAAUGUGUUGCCAUUUACGCCAGGUAAAAGAAACUACAGUGAGAGAAACCUUUAUCAACAGUGAAGGUGUAACCCCGCAACUGUCAACAACAGCGCAAGCGGAAGUAAAAAAACGUCUUCCGCUAUGAAUCAGGGGUAAUGGCGCGAACUCAAGAAUACUGUGGAUACUCUUCCAUAUAAUAAUAGGUGUACAGUAAUAUUAUUAAUACCAACAUCACAUGUUAUGCACAUACAGCAAACUCCUGAUGUUGCGAUGGCCACCAGAUGGGACAGUAAGGUGCCCACUGCCCUCCUGCCCAAGACAUUCCUUAAUAUCCUCCCUGUCAUCCUCCUCCUCUGCCCUCAAUCCACAUGUGCCCAGGUUCAAGCUUAUGAAGAUCCCGAGGUAAAUCCUUCACUGAAGACAGACUCUCCCGGCUCACCUGAAGUGACUCACUCUUUUCUGAGAGAGAAACAUGGAAAAAAAGAAAGGAGACCAAGGAAUAGCAAGAUCAAUGAAGAAGCGGGAUCGCGUCUGCGCCAGGAGGACUCCCCUCCCCGCAUUGUGGAGCACCCCUCCGACCUGAUCGUGUCCAAGGGCGAGCCGGCCACCCUGAACUGCAAGGCGGAGGGCCGACCCACACCCACGGUGGAGUGGUACAAAGACGGCGAGCGCGUGGAGACGGACAAGGAUGACCCGCGUUCCCACCGCAUGCUGCUGCCCAGCGGAUCGCUCUUCUUCCUGCGCAUCGUCCACGGGCGGCGUAGCAAGCCGGAUGAGGGCAGCUACAUCUGUGUGGCCCGUAACUACCUGGGCGAAGCCGUCAGCCGGAACGCCUCCCUCGAAGUGGCAUUGCUGCGAGAUGAUUUCAGGCAGAAUCCCACUGAUGUGGUGGUGGGGGCCGGUGAGCCUGCCAUCUUGGAGUGCCAGCCCCCCAGGGGGCACCCCGAACCCACCAUCUACUGGAAGAAGGACAAGGUGCGGAUUGACGACAGAGACGACAGGAUAACGAUCCGGGGAGGGAAGCUCAUGAUCUCCAACACAAGGAAGAGCGAUGCUGGCAUGUACAUCUGCGUGGGCACCAACAUGGUGGGCGAGAGGGACAGCGAGACAGCCCAACUCACUGUUUUCGAGCGUCCCACUUUCCUGCGGCGGCCCAUCAACCAGGUGGUUCUGGAAGACGAGGUGGUAGAGUUCCGGUGCCAGGCGCAGGGCGACCCGCAGCCAACUGUGCGCUGGAGGAAGGACGACAUGGACGUGCCCCGCGGCAGGUAUGAGAUCAAGUAUGACAAAGAUGACUAUCUGCUGCGGAUCAAGAAGGCAUCAGGCAGCGAUGAGGGCAGUUUCACCUGCGUGGCAGAGAACCGUGUGGGCAAAGUGGAGGCCAUCGCCACCCUGACUGUCAGAGAUCGCCCAGUGGCGCCUCCUCAGUUCGUCAUUCGCCCACGGGACCAGAUCGUGGCACAGGGGCGGACGGCCACGUUCCCCUGCGAGACCAGGGGGAACCCGCAGCCCGCUGUGUUCUGGCAGAAAGAAGGCAGCCAGAACCUGCUGUUUCCCAACCAGCCCCAGCACCCUAACAGCCGCUUCUCCGUGUCUCCCGGCGGGGACCUCACCAUCUCCGGCGUGCAGCGCGCCGAUGCCGGCUACUACAUCUGCCAGGCCCUGACCGUGGCGGGAAGCGUCCUGGCUAAGGCGCAGCUGGAGGUCACUGACGUGCUGACUGACAGGCCGCCCCCCAUCAUCCGGCAGGGCCCGGCCAAUCAGACGCUGGGUGUGGAUGGCGUGGCUCUACUGAAGUGCCAGGCGGCCGGGGACCCGAUCCCCACCAUCAGCUGGCUGAAGGACGGCCUGAGCCUGCUGGGGAAGGAGCCACGCAUGUCCCUGCAGGAGAUGGGCAGCCUGCAGAUCCGGGGGCUACGGAUGUCUGACUCUGGGAUCUACACCUGUGUGGCUGCCAGCUCCAGUGGGGAGACGUCCUGGAGCGCCUUCCUGGAAGUCAGAGAGUCGGGGGGGCUCACCGUCGCCAAGAGCCGUGACGAGAACGAGCUGCCCGGCCCGCCGUCCAAGCCGCAGGUCACCGACGUCACCAAAAACAGCGUCUCGCUGUCCUGGCAGCCAGGCGCUGGGGGGGCAUCGGCCAUCUCCUCCUUCGUCAUCGAGGCUUUCAGUCAAUCGGUCAGCAACAGCUGGCAGACGGUGGCCGACCAUGUGAAGAGCACGCAGUACACGGUCAAAGGUCUCCGACCCAACACCAUCUAUCUGUUCAUGGUGCGGGCCGUCAACAGUCAGGGUCUGAGCGACCCCAGCCCCAUAUCAGAGCCCGUCCGCACGCAAGAUAUCAGCCCUCCGGCACAAGGUGUGGACCACAGGCACGUGCAGAAGGAGCUGGGCGAAGUCAUCGUACGACUGCACAACCCCAUGGUGCUCAGCCCCACAACCAUCCAGGUCACAUGGAUGGUGGACCGCCAGUCCCAGUUUAUCCAGGGCUACAGGGUGCUCUACCGGCAGAUGUCUGGUGUAUCUGUGCCUGGCAUCUGGCAGAGUCAGGACGUGAAGGUGCCAUCGGAGCGCGGUGUGCUGCUCUCAUCCCUCAAGAAGGGCAUCAUGUACGAGAUCAAGGUGCGGCCCUUUUUCAACGAGUUCCAGGGCACGGACAGCGAGUCUAGGAGCGCCCGCACCUCCGAGGAAGCUCCCAGCGCCCCUCCCCAGCAGGUGACCGUCCUGACCGUGGGGAACCAGAACAGCACUUCUAUUAGCAUCUCCUGGGAUCCCCCGCCCGUAGACCACCAGAACGGCAUCAUCCAAGAGUACAAGAUUUGGUGCCUGGGUAAUGAGACCCGUUUCCACGUGAACAAGACCGUGGACGCCGCCAUCCGCUCUGUGGUGGUGGCGGGGCUGCAGGCUGGGGUGUUGUACCGGGUGGAGGUGGCAGCCAGCACCAGUGCUGGGGUUGGGGUCAAGAGCGAGCCCCAGCCAAUCAUCAUAGGCAAGGAUUUCAGGGACGUGGUCAUGAGCGGGAACCGGAACAACAGCAUCACCGAGCAGAUCACGGACGUGGUGAAGCAGCCGGCCUUCAUCGCCGGCAUCGGCGGGGCCUGCUGGGUCAUCCUCAUGGGAUUCAGCAUCUGGCUUUACUGGAGGAGGAAGAAGAGGAAAGGUCUGAGCAAUUAUGCAGUGACGUUCCAGCGUGUGGACGGCGGCUUGAUGAGCAAUGGAAGCCGGCCGGGCCUCCUGAAUGCCAGCGAUCCGGCGUAUCCUUGGCUCGCAGAUUCCUGGCCCGCUACCAGUCUGCCCGUCAACAAUGGCUCCGGGGGCCCCAAUGACAUGGGCAACUUUGGCCGAGGAGACGUGCUGCCUGUCGGGCAGGGAGAGAAGACAGGCACCAUGAUGUCGGAUGGCGCCAUCUACAGCAGCAUAGACUUCACCACCAAGGCCAGCUACCUUAGCCCCAGCCAGGGGUCCCAGGCGACGCCCUACGCCACCACACAGAUCCUGCACUCCUCCAGCAUCCACGAGCUCUCCGUGGAGCUGCCAGACAGCCAGUGGAAGGCCUCUCUGCAGGCCAAGCAGGAGAUGACCAACCUCGGCUACUCGCUGCCUGACAAGAACUCCGGCAACAACACGCUUCUUUUCAUUCCUGACUACCGAUUGGCUGAAGGAUUGUCUAAUAGAAUGCCACACAACCAAUCACAAGAUUUCAGCACCACCAGCUCUCACAACAGCUCAGAGCGGAGCGGCAGCCUAUCAGGUGGGAAGGGUGGGAAAAAGAAGAAGACAAAGAGCAGCACCAAGACUUCCAAGGCCAAUGGGUCGAGCUGGGCCAAUGUACCCCUGCCCCCACCUCCCGUGCACCCGCUCCCUGGCACUGAAGUGGACAGCUACCCCAAUGAUCCCCACGAGGGUGGAGGGUAUGAGAGCGAUGGCUGGGGUCCACAGGUGCCCGUUCAAACCUACCUGCAUCAAGGUCUCGAGGAUGAGUUGGAGGAGGAGGAGCGUGUGCCGACCCCGCCCAUCAGGGGCGUGGCCUCUUCCCCCGCAGCGGUGUCUUUCGGGCAGCAGUCCACCGCAACCCUCACGCCGUCCCCCCGCGAAGAGAUGCAACCUAUGCUGCAGGCACACCUGGACGAGUUGACGCGGGCCUACCAGCUAGACAUGUCCAAACAGACCUGGCACAUGCAAGGGGGUCCUCACCCACCCCAGGCCCCCGCCCCCCCGGUCGGCUACGUGUCCAGCAGCCUGGUGUCCGAUUUGGAAACUGACAUACCGGAUGAUGAUGAUGAGGAUGAUGAUGAGGAGGAAGAUGAUGAAGGCUACGAGAUCUCACGACCACUGCAUGGCAUGGAGCAUACACCUGGAUCCAGCAUGGAUAACCUGGACAGCUCUGUGACGGGCUCCAUGGUGAAUGGCUGGGGCUCGGCCUCUGAGGACGAGCGUAACUUCUCCAGCCACAGGUCCAGCGCUGGCAGCUCCUCCGACGGCUCCAUCUUCACCCAUGCCAGCUUCGCCCAGGCGCUGGUAGCAGCCGCCGACAAGGCAGGCUACCGCUGUGACGGCACCAGUCUGACCAAGAGAGGAAAAAACUUUCCCCAGCGGCCACGCCCCAGUAGUCCCUUCUCCACUGAUGGCAGUGUGGUGGGGACGCAAAGCCUGGGCCAUCAGAGGGCGCCCCGGCCAGGUCGGAAACAGAGAGGUGGCCGGCUGGAGCAGCGCCGAGACGCCGGUGCAGACGACCUACCUCCUCCGCCUGAGCCCCCACCCUGCCAUGGGGCCCGCAUGGCAGUCCCGCGUGCCCCCCCUGGUGAGCGCAAGGCCGCCUCCCUGGAGAGACAGCACAUCUCUAACCUGGAGGAGAUGAAGAGCUCGCUGGAGCGGCAGAGGCAGGCCCAGGAGCGGCUGGGUCCCGGAGACCGCGGGGACGAGGGCCGCAGGGCGUACAAGGCAGGCCAUGGCUCAGAAGAGGCCCUGCUCCCAUACAGUAAGCCCAGCUUCCCGUCCCCUGGGGGCCACAGCACCUCCGGCACCACGUCCUCCAAGGGCUCCACGGGGCCCCGCAAGGGGGAGGUCAGCAGGGGCGCCCACCAGCGGGCUGCCAUAGACCACCCUGACCUGAGUUACUUGGGCACCAACGGCCAGGGACAGCACUCCAGAGAGCUGUCGUGAGCGGACUGAGAGAUGACCGUGGCCCACCGAUCCUCAACCCUGCAAUGCCUCACCUCCUGGUGCAAUGGACUUUUCUCCGUAUUUGUGUACUGUCAGAACGAAAGAAAACAAAUUCAAAGAAAAGCCAAACUGCAAAUGUGAUGUAAAGAAACACACCUUCUCACAAUGCUGAUUUUGUGUUUUAUUUUUGGCCUAACGGGACGGUCUCACCCUCCUCCCAACUCAGCCAGUUCCUGCUGAGAAACAGUAUCAAAUUAUGCAGUAAGUAAGCAGAAAUUUCAAAAAGAACACAUAAAAACGCCCACAGAUUAAUAGUCCUUGGGGGGAAAAAGGGGGGGUUUUGUUCCUGUAAAUAUAUUUUUUGUUUUUGCAUUGCUAUGCAAGUCUAAUUCUGUUUCUGCUUCUUCAUAUAUCAUUUUUUUUAGGUUAUUUGUACUAUAUGUGAAUCCAUCGGCUAAGGUGCCAUAAAAGAAUUGUUUUAUUAUUCAUGUUUGUUAAUAAUUAUCAUUAAUUGUUUAAUUAAUAUUAUUAAUUCCUAUUGUUUUUUUGCACUGCAAUCUUUUGGUGAAAAGCACAAAAAACAUAACUCCUGCUGACAUGAAGAACCGGAAGGAUACGUGAAGAGGAGUUUCUGUACUGUAAACUAGGAAAUAAGAAAUAUAUACAAAUGUAUAGAGAGAUAUUAACGGUGUGGAGGUGUGAGGUGAUCACUAACCCGACGCCCACUCUCACACGGGCAACAAUAAGGCAUUUAGCUACCAUUCCCUCCUCUAGUUGCUCAUGCUUAGACAAGCGAUUUGUUUUUGACAGUAUUUUGGGGGUGGCGUCUUUCCUUAACUAUCACUCUUUGUGGUCUUUUAGGUACUUGGUUUGGGGGGCGGUAUGCCUGUUAGAAACCCACUGCUACUGAGAAUAAAGUGAUGAUAGAUCAUUGGAAAAUAGUGCGUGGAAAUGCAGGGCGAGUUUUAUCACAUGGGUAAAGGGUCCAAUAGCCCAGGCGUCUGCGAGGAGCCCCAGAGGGAAAAUGCUCCAUCUCAGUAGGUCUGAGGGCCAGGAACGCGAAGCUCUGACUGCUUCUCCAUCUCAUCACACAGCAUCAGCAUGUCAAACCCCUGUCUGCCAUUUUCACCCAGCAUCACAAGGGCUUCCCUCUGCAGCUGGAUGAGCAGAGCGCAGCCUGUGAGCAGAAAGACUACGGUUUGCAGCUGAGGCAGGUCUGUCCCCCUCACCGCAACUCCAGGUCCUCAUGUUGGGGUUCCAGGUUCUUUCAGUGAUGUAAUUAUUAUUUGUUUUCAAGCUGUACCCUGACUAAUUCCACCUCAGGGGACGUAAGCACUUAAAGUGUGAUUGCUUUUGAAGUUACAUCAAAAAUAAACCUUAGUUGUAACCCAGUUUGGGUGUUCCAGUGUGGUUCAUUUGAUCACCUGGCUGUCUUGCUGACAUCGUAGCUGAAGAGGCAGAAUCCCUGAUGAAGGUUCAUGAUGUGUCGGCCUCCUGGCAGGUCGGCUGCAGCACAUUCCAUGCAUCCCUCGUCGGCACUGCAGACCUGCCCAAUCAGGCCAUGUUUUAUAGUCCCCGAGGAAUGAACUGCAUUCAACAUGAUUUCAUACCUCUCCUUGGAUAGUCAAAACAUUCCCCCCCCCCGCACUUCCAUCCCAUAAAUUCACCACAAGCAUCAAAUCCAUGAAUAAACAUUCAAUACAUUUCCAUUUUCUGAACAGGAACCUGCUGGUUUGUUUUUCACUGCCUAGUGUCCAAACUCAGCCAUUUGGAUGCAGAACCGAUGGGUAGAAACACGUACUGCUGAUUCAUGCAGGUCUAACUGGUUUCUAUAGCCAAGCACCUGAAUUUAGCCUGAGAAGUAGGUGCAUACAAGAUGGAAACCCAACCGGCUCAACCCUGCUGGUCCCAGAACGUUGGAAAGGAGCUUUGUUGCUGUUUGAAACUGGCCCCUAAGGAGUGCGUGCGAGGCAGGCCUGCAGUGCCACAUCGGGGUGUGGGGCAGGCCGGUUUGGGGUGCAGAGUAGACCUGCAGUGGUGGCUAUCCAGACUGCCGACUGCCACUGUUGGUGCCAUAUGGGAUGGAUUACAACCCCCCCCCCCUACACACACAUGCACGCAUACAGUGUCUCCCACAGUCACUUAACACAGGUGUUCAGCUGAUUUUUAUUUAUUUAUUUUUAUUAAAUCACUCCUUUUGUAGGCCUGUUCCUUCCUGUGGUUUUAAAAUUCUUUUGUAUAAGAAAAGGACUCACACUAAAACAGAAGCUGCUUAAAAAUCAAUUUUAAGCAUUACCGUUCAGGAUUUUACUAGUUCGACGACUGUUUUAUUUCUCAUCUUUUAUAUGAAUAACAAAUAAAGAUUAGGGAAGUUUGCGAUGUAACAGUCUGUCAGAUUCACUGUUGUACCUUUGUAUUAAUGUCACCAUCACGUCAUUGGCCGACUGGCCAACUGGGCAGCCCCCUGGGAAUGAGGUGCAUGGAGUAUCUCAGGUUAUCCAGCAUUCUGGUGGUGUUUGUGUGUGUACAUUAGGUGUGCAUGUGAAUAUACAUGUGUAUAAAUAUGCUGUAUAUUCAUAUGCAUAACCCCCACUAUUACUCUUACUCAUUACUCUCUGCUGUAAAGUUUUCCCCCAUAAUCAGUCUAGUGUUCCAUUUCCAUCUUGGUGAGUUGAUAUGGGAUGUACCAAUUCACUAACCUGUGUCUGUUCGAUGAAUAAUAACAUGAUGUCACGAAUGGUACAUGCCCAUUUGAGAUCACCUGCCAUCCGUUUCAAGAGGUCUUAAACAUUUUUGUGUCUUUUUUGAUACUCAUGUUUUUCUUUAAAUUCACAGUGUUGUUGUUUUUGUAUUUAUUAAAAUGAUAAUAAAAAGGUAUAUUGUGAUAUAUGCAUAAA